UUCAAGUAUCACAAAGGUCUCCUCUGUUAUAGAUGAUAUAAACAUUAAAGACAUCCAUUUGAAGCUCUCGUUUCUUGGAAUGGGAAGUCGAUGCUUAGGGCUUGCUAUUCCUGCACCAAUCUCGAUGAGGAAACAAGGCGAAUAGACACAUAUUUCAGAGAUAUUUCUCUCAUGAUGGAGCACUUCGAAAGCAUAUGGUGCGAAAUAUUGGAACCACUUGACUUGCAACAGUUUCGGCCAUCUCAGCAACAAAGAUGCGUUCAACAGAGGCAUCUUGCUAAUACAAGACCGCGAAAGGCACGACAAAUGCACAAAAGGCAAUUUAUAUCGACGGAAAAUGCUGCUUUCGAAUUAGUUUACUGUUGCAUGUCAGGUGCUUACCUGGCCGACGUACUGCAACUUCCACAGAAAACAAGAGUCAAGAGAACUGGAGCGGAAUCUUAGGAGAGAUGUAUAUGUCAGAUAUAACUACUACGGUAUAUAGGAACAUCUGUUUCAACUAAAAGACGAGGGAAAUACUAAUAGCUGACACCACC